UGCUGGAGUGGUUGGUUAUGCAAGUAAUGUGUGUUUGGGAAGUGGGUUCAGUUAGUUUAUUUUUUAUGUUGUUUGUAAUAAGUAAUACCUUGAAUUGAAAUUUGUGUGUCGUAUUAACAUUGUGAGAAGUCUUGUAAUGUAGUUUGUAGGAUUCUCAGUUUGUAUCGGAAGUCUUGAGUUAAUCAGAAGUGAAUUGAGGUGUGGUCCACAAUAUUUCAGCCAUCUUUUGAAACAACUUGGGCCGCAUAGUGUAUUCUGAUAGAAUCCAAACCAGCUCUGGGGCCCACCAUGACGACCUCCUAUGCAGUGGUUACCAUGGAUUCUUUCCCUGGGGAUAAAGCAGCAAGGAAAUCAUGGCUGCCAUAAGGAAGAAACUUGUCAUUGUUGGAGAUGGUGCCUGCGGUAAGACUUGUCUGCUCAUAGUUUUCAGUAAGGAUCAGUUUCCAGAAGUGUAUGUUCCUACUGUUUUUGAAAAUUAUGUGGCUGACAUAGAGGUUGAUGGAAAACAGGUAGAGCUGGCACUAUGGGAUACAGCAGGACAGGAGGACUAUGACAGGCUACGACCCUUGUCUUACCCGGACACAGAUGUCAUAUUAAUGUGUUUUUCCAUUGACUCGCCAGAUUCAUUGGAAAAUAUUCCAGAGAAAUGGACCCCUGAAGUAAAGCAUUUUUGCCCUAAUGUUCCAAUUAUUCUUGUUGGAAACAAGAAGGAUUUGCGGAAUGACCCUAACACAAUUAAAGAACUUGGUAAGAUGAAACAGGAGCCUGUAAAGCCGGAAGAAGGCCGGGCGAUGGCAGAGAAGAUUAAUGCAUUUGCAUAUUUGGAAUGUUCUGCCAAAAGCAAAGAAGGUGUUCGUGAAGUGUUUGAGACUGCAACUAGGGCUGCAUUACAGGUGAAGAAGAAGAAGAAGGGAAGGUGUAGGUUGUUGUAAUGUACAUUAAGUACAUUUUGCCUGCAAUCGCACUGAUCUGAAUGAAGAGGCAGGAUGAACUACAUGGUAAUCUACUAGACCUGAUGUCCAGAAUUGUGCUACGUCAGAUUUGAUAGUUGCUGUGCUUUACAUGGCAUUAUUGGCAAGAUGGACAUAGUUCAUGGAGUCUGUUAAUCUUCUUAUUCAGUUGUAUGUAUACCUGCAUACUAUACUGUAAUGCACUUUCCUUUCAUGCCCUUUGUGCAGUCUCUUGUUCUGGUUGUGCUACUGUAGGCCUUGAGUGUAUCCUCGUAUUUGGUCUUUGUGGGCUUCCUGUAACAAGACUGAUACAGUGGGCUUCAUUUUGUUUGUACAUUUUUUCCUUGUAAUUCUUAGAAAAGUUAAGAAGUUUGAAGAGUAGCCUAGUUAGAAACCUUACAUAAUCUUGGUACUUUAUAUUUGUUACAUGUUUUUUUAAUGCAUUGCAGACAAAUCUCUUUAAUAUUUAGCAGUUUGAAAGCAGAUGAUGGAGUCAAUAUGUUGCUAAUGGAAUCAUACUUUGCCAUGAGAUGGCCAAUGCUUUUACAGCCUGGAUGCAUGUUAAAGUCAGAUGCUUAUUACCCAAUGUGUUCAGAAGCUUUAAAACAGUGUCAUUAAAAUACAAUCAAAUUAAAGUACUGGUACUAGAUUUUACUGGAUACUGCGCUACGUAAUAUGUGAUAAUGGUUAGUACUGAAAAAAUUUGAAUAUAAUAUAGAAUGAUUACAUAUGUAUGAAUUAUCAGUUGACUAUUGAGUGUCUUAGAACUGAUCAUGUUCAUGUGGUAAUGUAAGGCACCAUAUCUGGGCAUACUGUUAAGCGUUGCUAGUUUAUUUUGUUUCUUCGUGUCUUAAAAGUAUUCAGCAUCGUUUCAGUGUUGUUAGAAAUGCAGGAAUAUGAAAUGAAAUAGUAAAAAUCCUUUGACAUAUAAAAGGAAAAUGCCAAAAAUUUAGAAUACUACUAAUAAGCCAGUCCACUUUGGUGCAAGCAUAAAACUCUUGCUUGGGAACGGUGUGGUAAUUGGUUUUGCUGUCUGUCAGUCUAUGAAUAUUUCUGCAUUGGAUGUAGUUGUGUAGACACCCACAUACAUCUACCAACAGAGUUGUAACUCAUAUUACCUAUUUCACAGUUGAAGACAUUUAAUUUUUUCUAAACAUUUACUACAUGUGUAAAGAAAAUAGGUCUUGUUAAUAAGAGAAUAAAAGAUCUUAGCACUGUUUUCCACUGUCAUACAAUGUAGUGUUUGUCAAGUUUUGUGAUGACUGCACCUGUUCUCACUGCUGCAUUUCACUUAUGUAUUCUUCUUUAUUUAUAUUUAUAUAACAUGUUUUAGUCUGUAUAAGACCAUCAUUCUUGUACAUUGCAACACUCUCCAUUUUGUAAAAUGAAGCACAUAUUAAAAAUUAAAGUUGAAUAAAAAAGUACUGUCAUGUGUAGGGAUUUGUGCAGGGUUUUGGAUUGUCUGAUUUGAUUUGUUGACACCAUAUACAUCCAUUACUCGGGAGUACAGGCAAUACAGCGCUGUCGCUACUCUACAAAUUUUCAGUUCGCCGUUGCCCACACACUAGGAUUCUGUCUUCACUAGUUGUUUCUUAGCAAUGGAUUGGUAACAGCCUGACACUUCAAAUCACAGACAAAGUCUUUGCACAGGCUUCCUGCUGUUAUUUUGGAACUUCAGCUAAAUUCAGUUCCAAGCUGAUAUCCCAGCAGGCUGGCUUCUCAGAACUCGACUUGACUAAACUGAUUUUCUAUUGACUGUGUCCUUUUAUAACCCCUCAGCAUGGACCACACAGAAAACACCUCUGUUAUUAUUAGGGAAGCAUGUUUACUGGUCCAUUACCUAGCCAUGAACAUCCUUCUGUUGUGUACACGAAAUUUGCGGGAAUGUGUUUACCAGGUCAUUGCCUAGCAAUGGUUAUACACGUCACAGUAUAUAAUGUUAUGCUGAUAAGAACAUGAUUUUCAUAACUUUAUGAAAACUGUGAUGCAGCUUCUUGUAGGCUUGCACUGCAGAUUUUUGUUGCUGGAGUUCAGUUGUUAGAAAUGUGUUUCCCAUAACCUGGUGAAGACUGGGAUGCACUACUCUGUGGGGUCGUGGUAUAGUAUUUCAGUGAUGUUCAUCUGUCCAUUGGAACUGCUCCUGUUUUUAGGUGAUGGGCAGAUGUGUUGGCAGUGUGGUGCCUCUGUCUGUCUGGUAGAGACUACACAUCUGCAUAUCGCAUGAAAACAUGGACAAAUGGACAUCACUGACAUACUACACCAUGAGCCCACAAAGAAUAAUGCAGCAUAGUACUCAUAUGGAAGACAUGUUUAAUAGCUGAACACCAGCAAUGAAAUUCUGCGGUGUGAGCCAACAAGAAGCAGCAUCAGAGUGUUCAUAAAGUUACAAAAAGCAUAGAAAUCACAUUCUUAUGAAAGUAACAUUAAUACCUUUAAUGCUUAUUUAGUUUCAGUUUUUAAUGAGUGCUUCACUUAACAAAAUAAACACAGUGCCUCAGCUUGCAAGAAAUACACCUUGUGAUGAUCUUGUACAGACCAAAACAUGUCGUAUGAAAGUAAACAGUGAGAGCAACUGUACAGUCAUCACAAAACUCAGUGCACGUUGCAUUGUAAGACAGAAUGUCAGAUGCAACAGGAUGCUGAAAUAUAAUAUUAGAAAAAGAGUAUUUAUGUUGUCCAUGGGUGUGUAAGUCUCUUUAAGGGUGCACUGGAUAAAGUUUAUAUUUUUAGUGUGUCACAAAAAUAUGUUUAUUGAUAGCCAAAGUUGUCUUUCUUUUGACUCAUGUCCUGUAGCUUCCAAUGUAAUUUUUCCACGUUUUUAAAAUACUGCCAGUAUUUUGGUAGCCUGCUUUAUGCUCUGUAUGAAUUUUGAGAGGAAAGAAUGGCUUUUACAGUACUGCAGACUCUUACUUUAAUGUUUUGCAGUGUUUUUGAUAUUGGCCACCUCCUGGAGAAUGGGUCAUGGUGGAAUAUAACGUACUCUGGCCUGAAGGUUGAUAUCAAGGUUUCAAAGUACUUUUUUUCUGAGGGCAGUAUGAGCAUGGAGGAGAUAAUCAUUGAUUUGUUACUGUUGCUGGUAAUCUGUGCUGGCUCUUGCUUAGUUUAUGUUCUGUGCAGUGUGACAGAGCAUCUUAGGGAAGUUGAUAGCAAUGCAUUAGCUCUAGUCCUACUCAUGAUAGAUUACUGAACAAGUUGAUCAACAUUGCUUUCUCUAUCCAUCUUUUGGACCUUGGCUGCUUUUUCAGUUUCUUAAUCCUAUACAGAGUCAGUAGGACUCCUUGGAGGGGCGAUCAGUGGGUUGCAAGGCUGCUAUCUACACUCAGAACAAUGCAAACUCAGAAUAAAUGCACAAAAAUCAUCCAUGCCUGAGUGGAAUUUGAACCCACAAUCCCAGUGUUUGAGCAGGCAAACUCAGUUCAUGCCUUAGACCAUGCAGCCACUGUGAUGAUCAGCUAUUGCUUUGUCUAGUGUAUACUUAAUAUUGUUUUAUGUCUCUUAAACAGUGCAUUAAUUAUAGGUGUGUUUAAUUUUUGUUGGAAAUCUUUAGUCACAUAUUACAGGCAACACAUUUUUGUUUUGCAUGGUAAAUGUAUCCUAAUAGCAAAAUGGUUCUUUGUAUUGUCUGUUAAAAAUCUCCCAGGAGGAUAAUUAAUUGUCCUUAAUAACCAUUUUAGAGGUUACCUGUAGAUUGCAGUAUAAAAUUUCUUUCACCCCCCCCCCUCAUUUUCUUCAGAGCGGUUUAGUAGAUUGAAAAUGUUAUAUUGUGCUGUUAUGAUCUGAAUAUCUUCUCCUAACAUCAUUCCUGUUUUAUAGGAUUGAUGGACAGAAGUCUGAUAUCUUUAUUCUAUUUACAAUCUUUCCAUUUUGAUUUCUUGCCACCUGUUUUCUCCCUUCUUCUGGAUCAUCUCGUAGGUCCCUUUCAUUUAAAUUUCAGCUGUUAACGAACUUCUUGGUGUCCUUGUUCAGUCCAUCCUUUUUACAUGGCUAAAUCAUUUUAUUCAUACGUCUUAACUCCACUAACAAACACUUGGAUCCUGCUUCUCAAAAACAUUUUGUCUAUAAUUUUCUCCAUUCUCUCUCAAUAUUUCCCAGAAUUUUCAUAUCCAAUUUUUUGGAUGUUGCUUUUGUUUCUCUUUGUAGGGGUCUAUUUUUCAGCAUUACAUGUUAUAUAUCAGAUGUGACCAAACUAUGGUGGUCCACUUGUAUAUUCUAAUCAAGAGGUUUUUAAACUUCUUUGUAGUUUGUAUUGUAUACUUAUUGUAUACCAAAAUUAGAUGCCUUAUAGCGACCUAUCCACUUAUUGUAUAGCUAAACAAUAUAAAAGAUGACAAAAAAACAGUAUUAAAAGUAUGCAAUGGUAGCCUGUAUGUAUAUAAAUAUUUUAAACAUUUACCUUCUUAAUGAAGAGUUGGUAUAGCGAUGGGCUACGGGCUAGACUGCUGGGGUCCAGUUUCCAGCAGUGUCAAGAUUUUUCUCUUCUCCAUAGUGUUCAGACUGACUCUGGGACCUACCCAGCCUCCUAUCCCAUGGGUUCUGGGGGCUCUUUCCUCAGGGAUAAAGCUACUGUGACAUGAAAGUGACUGCUCACCUCCAUCUGCUGCAGAUGUCAAGAAUGAUUAACCUAUACCUGCACUCCCUAAUAUAUCAUAGCAUAGUGCUUAAUUAAGUACAGAGACAACUUUAGUGUACUUUAGUUUACUCCUCCCCUGCUGUAGCACUUUAAUAACAUGAUUCCACCCUCAGAUCGUCCUUGACACCCUCAAGGCAUCUGCUGUACUUUGAUGUAAUGUACAGUAAUGUAGAAAAUGCUGAUUACAAGUCAAGAUGGCACAAACAGCAAGAGAAUAUGAAUUGUGAAUUCUUCAACAGCCAAAUAUUCAUCUCUGACAGUUAGCUGAAAGUUGCACAUAUCCUAAUUCUGGAACACCAGUUGAAGAGUCCUGUCACUUGAACAGUCAGUGAAAUGUGUUGCGUUUCCUCUGAUGGUGCAUCGAAAAGCAGCCUGAUCCAGUCAUGGUUUUGAUAUUCCAGUACCUUAGGAAAUAUUAGCAAGAUCCCAAGGUGGUUAGUUGUCUUGAAUAUAAUGUUGUCAAUGACUGAAGAUUCCAGUUUACAGCUUUUUGUUUCCAAGUUGAAAUUUUCCUGACAAACCCAUUUUGUGUGUGUGCACACGUGCGUUCUUCUCUCUUCUAAGUUUCACCAAUUUUUGCAAAUCUUCGCUAGAUAGCCAUCUUAUAUUUGCACAUGAAAUGCUUCUUCAUGGUUGCAUUCCAUGGCUUUGCACAGUUUUGAAUAGAAUGGAUAAUUUAGAACCCAGUUGCUAAUGAAGUUUACUACAGUAAGUGCUUCUUGUAGGAGUUUGCUGUGGUCAGGGGUAAUUUUCUUUGUGUCCAGUGUCUGCUUUCCACUGAUACAGUGUAUAUAAAUUUCAUCAUCAGCAUUAAUGGUUGUGUUUUUUUUUUUUGCCAAGAGCAGCAACACAUUUAUUCCACAACUGUUCAUUUUCUAUGAACUCUUAAUUUUGCAAAAAAUGUCUUCACCUGUGUUUCCUUCCAUUGGUUGACAAAACAGUAGGUCUUCAUGCACACAGUUCUCAAAGCAGUAAGACACAUGUGUAAGAAAUUGUCCUAAAUUUUAAAUAUUGAUUGAUUUGUCAAAUUCAGUUGCAAAUUGUUGGCUUUUUAACUUGAUUGUGAUGUUCUCAGUGCCUGUUUUGGAGCUGUUCUAUGUUGUUUGUCAAUGCUUUCUGCUCACAGGCUUUUCAUUUUCCUCUAAGAAAAGUGAGUUGGCUUGUUUUUAAAUUCCACAUGUUCUCUAACUCUCAGUCUUACCAAUUUUAUAGGUUUCAUGCCAAUAUUUUUCAGCAAUUCAGACACUGGACACUUCUUGCAAUCAGUAGUGGAAUAAAGAAAUCCAUGUUCAAGAUGGGCUUCAUGGAAUUUUCUCAGAUUUCCUCUGCUAAAUCUUGCAACUGUAACAUUUCCAACACUUAAUAACUGAUUCUGCUCGUUGCUGAGGUGGCGGCAGGAACGUUUUCUGAUGUGAGAUGUUGAUUGGCACUUGUGCGAGGUUCAUUACUAUCACAUUUAGGUGUCUUAGCAGUAGGUUCAUGAAUAACCCAUUCGUCCAUGGUGAAGCAUUUAUUAAAACUUAAAAAGAAACGAUGGGAAGGAAUGUAUUACACUAUUGAACAAACCUGUGGAUGAUCAGAUGCACUAAGAAACAGUACCACUGACCUGUCAGUAAAAACUGUUCAAUUGCUAAUUGCACAAAGGACUGAAUGAGAGGAUUGUAUAGACAGUUUUUGCAGGGUUGGAUUAGUACUGUUAGGUGUAUUGCUGGCAUUUUUGCGAGGAGUUCAAGAAUGUAAUGAAAAGGAUAGAAGACUAUGAAGGUGUGAUAACUGCUGGAGUAAGAUUAGCAAAGAUAUAGAACUAGCCUACACAGCUGAGAUUGUUGGAAAUU